AUGGGAGGGCAGGGAGCGGGGCACGGACUCGCCUGUGCACGUGACUCGCCGGCCUCGCCAUGCCCGCCCUGGCCGCGCCGCUGCACUCGUUCACGGAGGCGAGAGGCUCGCGCGCUGCGCGUCGCCAUUGCCGCGCCGUCGCCGGCCUGGUCACGCCCGCCAUGGCCAUGCGGGGGGCUCGCGCAGGGCUCGCCGCGCCGUCGCCGGCCUCGCCACGCCCGCCAUGGCCGCACGAGGGCUCACGCGGGGCUCGCCGCGACGUGCCUCGUCGCGCCCGUGCCGUCGCCGGACUCGCCACUCCCGCCAUGGCCGCGCGAGGCUCGUGCGGGGCUCACCGCGCCGUGCCUCGCCACGCCCGCGCCGGCUGCCACGCACCUCCGCAGCGCCUCCAGCCCCACGCGCGACUCUCCACGCACCUGCGCAUCGCCUCUAGUCCCGGCCCGCGUGCUUCGUGCCGUGGACGCGGGUGCAGGCUCCGGCGGAGUGCGGGACCGGAGCCGCCCGCCGCUGCUCCGCCGCGGCAGCCCGGAGCUGCGCCUCCUCCCCGAGGCGCUGCUCCCUCUCCUGCCGGGCGGUGCGCCUGGCCUGCUGCCGCCCCGGCCUCGUCCGCGCGGCGCCUGGCCUCGCUGGCGUUGUUGCUCCUCGCGGCGGAGCCUGGCCUCCUCCUCCCGCCGCGCCGCGCGGGCCUGGUCGUACAGGGCCCAGGCCUCGGCGUCCUCGACCUCCUGCCGGGCCGCCUCCUCCAUUGCGGAGGUGCGAAUGACCGCUUGGAGUUGCGGCCAUUUCGCUUCCUCCUCCGCCGCCAAUAUUAUCAGCGCGGCGCGGAGGUCGGGGUCCUCUUCCGAGGACUCCGGCUUGGGCUACAGCGGCGGCGCCGGUUGCAGCAAUGCCGCGCUGCCGAGGGAGGCCUCUCCGAUGUGGAGACCGCCGCGGUUUCCUCUGGCCCGCAUCGCCGGCGGAGGGCGGCGGCUGCUGCUGGCCUCCGAGUCGUUGGCUCCGGGAGCGAACCGUCGCUUGGGGGCCAUGGCGGCGGUUCGUGUCUCGGAGAGUGGGGAGUGGAGUGGGGAGUAG